CUCAGCUGACAGGCAGCGGCUGGGUGGGGGAGCUUCGAGGAUGGCGGCGUCCGGGCCGCUGAUACUGCGGGAGAGCCCCAGCAUGAAAAAAGCAGUGUCGCUGAUAAAUGCAAUAGAUAUAGGAAGAUUUCCUCGAUUGCUCACCCGAAUUCUGCAAAAACUUCACCUGAAGGCUGAGAGCAGUUUCAGUGAAGAAGAGGAAGAAAAACUUGAAGCUGCAUUUUCUCUAGAGAAACAAGAUCUUCACCUAGUUCUUGAAACAAUAUCAUUUAUUUUAGAACAGGCAGUAUAUCACAAUGUGAAGCCAGCAGCUUUGCAACAGCAACUAGAGAACAUUCAUCUUAGUCAAGACAAAGCAGAAUCAUUUGUCAAUGCUUGGUCUUCUAUGGGUCAAGAAACAGUUGAAAAGUUCAGGCAGAGGAUUCUGGCUCCCCACAAGCUAGAGACGGUCGGAUGGCAGCUGAACCUUCAAAUGGCUCACUCUGGUCAAGCUAAACUAAAAUCUCCUCAAGCUGUGUUACAACUAGGAAUGAGCAAUGAAGAUUCAAAGGAGGAUCCAAAAACUUGAUCUUGGUGUUACCAGCAUCCCACUCUAUCGAGUGAGCUAACUAGCCAGCCUAUUUGUGACAGUCUUUGAUGUCAGAUUCAAGUAUCACUUUAUUUAUCUGAAGAAAUAGCUUAUCUUGCAAGGUACUUUUCAUACAAGAACAUUUCAUAAUGUCCUCUUCUAAAUUCUGCAAUAAAAAAAUUGGUGAAUACCGUAUAAAAUUUUAAUUUUAAUGUUUUAGAUAUUUGUGGAUAUUCCUGGAUGCUUUGUGUGUUAAGUUGCAUACAAAUAGUAGAGGGAAUAUUAUUUGUUGUCUGUCCAAUGCC